UUGCAAACAUCCAUUUAUUUAUCAUCCAGUUAAAAUGUUUAUGAUAAAAUAAAAUCACAGAAUGGCCCAUUCGUUGGUUCAAGUAUCAAUAUGUCUCUCUGUAUAUAUAUACAUUGGUCUGCUUCAUCUUCCAAAAAUAUUGAAUACUUUGUCGGAGACCUCUCUCUCUCUCCAAAUAUAUUUUUCUUUCAUCCAAAACAAAUCUUCAUCAAUCUUCUUUAAAUUCACGUGAAUCUCCCGGAUAAUAGCAAACCAGUAGAAAAAUUAAAACGUUAAAUAAUAUUAUCUGAUACUAUGAGUUGCAAUGGAUGUCGUGUUCUCCGGAAAGGUUGCAGCGAGAGUUGCAUCCUCCGUCCCUGUAUCCAGUGGAUCGAAUCCGCCGAAGCUCAAGGCCACGCCACCGUCUUCGUCGCUAAAUUCUUCGGCCGUGCCGGUCUCAUGUCAUUCAUCUCCUCCGUACCGGAAUCUCAGUGCCCUGUCCUUGCUCUACGAAGCUUGUGGAAGAAUUGUGAAUCCGGUGAACGGCGCCGUCAGGUUGUUGUGGAUGAGGAACUGGAGUAUCUGUCAAGUGGCGGUUGAGACGGUGCUCCGCGGUGGUUCUUUGAGACCGAUCCCUGAGCCUCUUACAUGUUACGGCGGAUUCGGGGGAUUUCCGUCGACGAUUUCCAAUGAAGCAUCCGGGAUUAGCACGGAGAUGAUGAAUGAUUCCGGUGACCGGAGUAUCUACCACCACAGCCGAUUCUCGGGCUCCAGGUCCAGAUCGGUGGCUUCUCCGCCUAAACGGAGACGAUUAGGGUCAGAACAACAACGACCGUCGCCGGAGCUAGAUCUCUCUCUAAUCCCUUUCCCGAUUCGAAUGACACCGUUCAAGGAGGAAACUCGUCGACCGGAAACACCAUCGAUGUACUCGGAGGAAUCCAUUAUGACAGUGCCGUUUCUGGAUAAUGGUGAACGGUACAUGGCCUAA